AUGCCUAGAGCAAAUGAGGCGGAGACAAUCCGCAUCCUCAUCUCUACGGACAAUCAUGUCGGCUACAACGAGCGAGAUCCCAUUCGCGGGGAUGACAGCUGGAAGAGCUUCCACGAAAUUAUGUGCCUAGCCAAGGAGCAGGAUGUCGACAUGGUACUCCUAGCUGGAGAUCUAUUCCAUGAAAACAAACCGUCGCGCAAAUCCAUGUACCAGGUGAUGCGGUCCAUUCGGAUGAAUUGCUUCGGAGACAAGCCGUGCGAGCUAGAAAUGCUCAGCGAUCCAAGUGAAAACUUCCAGGGCGCUUUCAACCACGUCAACUAUGAGGAUCUGGAUAUGAACGUGGCUAUCCCCAUCUUCUCCAUUCAUGGUAACCAUGAUGACCCAUCUGGGGAAGGUCAUCUGGCCGCACUCGAUCUCCUGCAGAUAUCCGGCCUCCUCAAUUACUAUGGCCGGACCCCGGAGUCAGACAACAUUCAGAUCAAGCCCGUCUUGUUGCAAAAGGGACGGACAAAGCUCGCACUUUAUGGAAUGAGCAACGUUCGCGACGAACGGCUAUAUCGCACUUUCCGUGAUGGCAAGGUCAAAUUCUUCCAGCCAUCUGUCCAGAAGUCCGAUUGGUUCAACCUCAUGUCAGUACAUCAGAAUCACCACGCGCAUACGGAAACCAGCUAUCUGCCUGAAAAUUUCCUGCCCGAAUUCCUUGACUUGGUUGUGUGGGGUCAUGAGCAUGAAUGUUUGAUUGACCCCAAGCUCAACCCAGAGACAAAAUUCCAUGUAAUGCAGCCAGGCUCGUCCGUUGCUACUUCAUUAUGUCCCGGAGAAGCUGUGGCAAAGCAGGUCUCAAUCCUGAGUGUUACUGGCCGAGAGUUCAAGAAUGAGCCCAUUCGACUGAAGACCGUGCGACCCUUCGUCAUGCGCGAAAUUGUGCUCUCCGAGGAAAAGGGUGCUCAAAGGCUGGCUCGGAAAGAGAGCAACCGAACAGAAGUGACCCGACUGUUGAUGACCAUUGUCGAGGAACUGAUUGAAGAGGCCAACGCAGAAUGGCUGGAGAUGCAGGGUGAGUCCACUGAUGAAGAUCCGCCUGAAAUUCCUCUUCCACUUGUUCGUCUGCGCGUGGAAACUUCCACGCCUGAGGGCGGCGCCUACGAGUGUGAGAACCCACAGCGAUUCUCCAAUCGCUUUGUGGGCAAGGUCGCCAAUGUGAACGACGUGGUGCAAUUUUACCGCAAGAAAAAGACAGCAGGCACACGCGCAGGAGCCACAUCUGUCGAAGAGGAAGCGGCGGUAUCUCAUCUGUCGGCCUUGGACACAGUGAAAGUUGAACAACUCGUGCGCGAGUUCUUAUCAUCACAAUCGCUUAGCAUCCUCCCACAAAACUCGUUCGGCGAUGCCGUUGCGCAAUUCAUCGACAAAGAUGACAAACACGCAAUGGAGAUGUUCGUAAAUGAAUCUCUCGAGAAUCAAGUGAAGCAUCUGUUAUCUUUGGACCGAGACGACGAUGAAAUGGACGAGGAAGAAGGAGAACAGAGCUCUCUUUCUAAUGCCAUGGAGAAAUACCGCGGUCAGAUGGAAGACAUGUUCUCCAGGGGCGUGAAAAAACGCACCCGGGGAAAGAAGCGCUUCAAGCCCAAGCCAGAUGGCUGGGACUCCGAGUUUGAUGGGGCCUGGGAAGAUCAGCCUGGUGCAUUGAUUCAUUCAGACAACGAAGGUGGGGACAAGGCCGAGGAAGAAGCUGGAGAGGAUGGAACAUCGCCAGGAACCAGCCGUGCCGCACCGGCUACUCGUGGCAGAGGUAGAGGCCGGGGCCGGGGUCGAGGUGCUGCAGCCAGCGCGCGAACUACCAAGGCUAAGGCUGCACCUGCAGAGAGAGCCACAAAGAGCCGUAAGAAGCAGACAGUCUCAGAUGAGGACUCGGACGUUAUCAUGUUGGAGGACGACGAUGAUGACGCAGGGCCCCAAGUCAUCUCCGAUGAUGACGACGAUUCACAGGCACUGUUUGUCAAGCAGCCUCGCACUACUGCUGCGAAACCACGAAAGGCUGCCCCGGCUGCACCUACUACCCAGCGUCGUGGACGGGCAGCCGCCUCGCCGGCUCCUUCUUCGGCCACUGUUGCUGAGACGGCUCCCCGCCGAGCCACUGCUCGAUCAGGGAAAUCUCAGUCUACCCUGAACUUCGCCGGCUCACAGGCAAGCGCAGCUCCGUCAUCGCGACCCAGUCGCUCCACUCGGAAUACCAGUAUCAUCAGCGAUGGCGUUGAUGGUGAUGAUUCCGACGAUGAUGCCUUUGAGGAAAUGCCCACCUUCAACUCCAGGCGGCGCAAAUGA